CAUAGGGGGCGUCAUGGAAUAUCUUGUUUAUGUCUGAUCCCUCGUAAAAUUGCUCUUCAAACAUAUAUCCUCUUUUAGCACUUUUCCUUUUGUCCACCAUUUGGAAGCCAUCAUUAUCCAGGCUUGUACUUGGUCUUUCUUGGUGUGUACAUUGAACCGGACACCAUUUAUACUCCAGUUUCUGGGUAACCACUCUGUUAUCCUCAUCUAUGAAGACCUGUAAGGCUCCAGUAUUUGAGCUCCAGAUCUGGGAAUCUGAUCCAAAUAGGUUUGUUUGAUGCGUGGUUCCAGCGAAUGUGUAGUUCGCUUUCUGAAAAGGUGGAACGCCCAAAUCGGGUACCCCACACCUCGACUCGACAAAAUUGUGAGAGAAGUAAUUUAUGAUGGAAUCUCAAUUUGGUCCUUAGAAAGGCCGCCCCGUAACCAGUGGGCACAAAACAGUUUUGAUUAAAACCAAAAAGCCUUGGUCUUUUAAGGCCCUAUAUUCAGAGAGCCUGAAAGUUGGCCCAAAAAAAUUAGGGCACAGUUUAUCAAGAUCGAAAGAAACCCGCGCUCUAUCUUCACCUCUUUCCUCUCCAUCUUCAUCUGCCUAAGGUUUUUUGAAUCGGGGGUCUCCUUGAAGCAACCUCUCUCUUUCUGAGUAGGGGUAAGGUGCACUUUAUUUCCAGUUUAAGCAAACCAUCAAUCUGUUUCCACUAUGUUAUAGCUGGUAUUCAAGAUAUGUCAUCAGAUACUGCAAAAGAAAGUGCAUCCGUGGUUGAUUCGUCCGGGACUGAAUGGAAAACUGAUAAAGGGAAAGUGGACAAUCUUGCCUACCCAAAUUAUCAAGAGAAUGACAACAACUAUCAUUCUGAUUCUGGAGUAGGUUUCCAUGCAACCCCAUUUAAAAAGGGUAUUUGGGCGACACAAGUUAUGAAUGAGCCUAUUCUGGAGGAAGCCUUUCAUAAUUCACGGAAGGUCAUUCUCAUAUUCAGUGUCAACAUGAGUGGGUUCUUCCAAGGUUAUGCACAAAUGAUGUCAUCUGUUGGGCAGAGACGAGACCGCGUAUGGAGCCAAGCAAGUGAUGGGCGCAAUCCUUGGGGUCGAAGCUUUAAUGUUAAAUGGCUGCGGUUGCAUGAUUUACCUUUUCAAAAGACUCUUCAUCUGAAAAACCCAUGGAAUCAAUUCAAACCUGUUAAAAUAAGUAGAGAUUGUCAGGAGUUGCAUCCAGAUGUUGGUAAAGCUCUGUGUGAACUCCUUGAUGGAAAAGAUGUGUCUGAUGUUAAUAUUAAAAUGGAUAAUUUGUUUAGGGAUGAUUACUCUGCUAAAAGGCCACAUAUAGAGCCUUCAGGACAUUCAAGAGAUGAAGAUUCUAAUAUGCUGCUGAUGCAUAUGGCACCAAUGAUGUAUCCCUCUUUAAUAUAUCACCAUCACACGAGUAGAUUUCUUGCAGAGCAUCAUGGCUCAGAUGGUGAAAGUCCUCUCGGUAGUUCCCUCACUGCUCUCACUGAUGAUGAUAUCCUUGACAUGACAUAUGAAGAGUACCUCGAAGCCCACAGCAAAGGGAACAAAAGAGUACGGAAUCAUAUUUCAGGGCAAACAAGGAGUGCUCAACAGUCAUCUGGCAGCAAAGAAAACGCCGAUGAGUCGCAUUCGGGCUGUAGCUCGAAGAAGAGUUCUCACCGACGUUCGAGCUCAUGAAUGUGUAUUCAUUCCCCAACUCCAACUUCAUGUACUUUUUUCUUGCUAUCAUUGUAUCUUUGUAUGACUCAUAAAUCCAUGAAUGUCUUUUCAUGUUAAAAUUUUUUCCUAUUUUAUAAAUUCAUCAAAUAUUUUGCAAUAAAAUACCAAAACCCGCUGGGAACCAAAACCGAAACCAACCAUUCGAAAACCCCUCCCCACUGGGUCCCGGUUACAAUUCUACCCUUGUGGAAACCAACGAUUUCAAAACCAAAAUCGAACUAGAACGUUGCCAUGUCCAAACUCACAACUAAGAUUUUAAACAUUCCAAUGAACAUCUGGAUAUGAC